CUUCCUCUGCGUUUUCUUAUUAUUCUUUCUUCUGAAAAUGGUUUCCGAGUACGCCACAAUCAACAACAAUCCUGUUUUCAAACAUGUCGACUCAAUCUAUGAAAACCGUUUAAGGCAGUUCUUUGAUAAUGGCCAAUAUAGAGAUUUCAAUUUGCCUAAGUUUAUGGAUUAUCAAACUUCCUCAGACUGUAUUUCUUUGAGAGUUCACUCUGUAGCAAAUAAUGCUCGUCCUUUAUUCAAAGAUAUUAUACCUGAUUUGAAAGAUGAGGACUGGUCUUCCUCAAAAGUCGGUGAUAAAUUUGGUCCCUCUUGGGCCACUUUUUGGUUUAAAAUCGAAGCAACCUUGCCUUCAAAUUGGCUUGUCGAUUAUAUCAAUAACCCAAAUAUUCAUUCUGAUCAAAUUUGGUUCAGAUGGGACUCUCAAAAUGAAGGUUUAAUUUAUGAUCAAUAUGGAACUCCCUUGCAAGCUCUAACUGGAAAUGGUGAAAGAAUUGAUUAUAUUGUACCCAAAUCUUGGUAUUCCUCUAAUAAUACUUUCAAAUUUUAUCUUGAAAUGGCCUGUAAUGGCAUGUUUGGUAACGGUGAACCAACUAACUCAAAUAACCACUUUUCUUUAAAUACUUGCCAACUAGUUAUUCCAAAUUUGCAAUGUAGAGCUUUAUAUCAUGAUUUUCAUGAAAUUGCUGACGCUGCAAGAGAAUUUCCUUCAGAUUCAUGGCAAAAACAUCAGGCAAGAAAAUUAGCGAAUCAAAUUAUGAAUACUUUUGAUCCCAACAACCCAGACUACUCGAUUAGUCUAUCUAGAAAUUUGGCCAAAUCCUUUCUCGGUAAUGACAUUGAUUCUUCCAAAGUUUUUACCUUGAAUGACACUAUCAAUUUCAAAAAAAUUGAAGUUUUCAAUUUUGGUAAUUGCCAUAUCGAUACUGCUUGGUUAUGGCCCUUUGCUGAAUCAAGAAGAAAAAUUGUUCGAUCUUGGACCACUCAAUUAAAUUUAAUCGAAAGAUACCCUGAAUACAUAUUUGUUGCUUCUCAAAUGCAACAGUUUAAAUGGUUAAAAGAAGAUCAUCUCAUUAUUUUUAAUCAAAUCAAAUCAAAUUUGGAUAGAUUUAUUCCCAUUGGCGGUACCUGGGUUGAAAAUGAUACUAAUUUACCUGCAUCUGAAUCUCUUGCAAGACAAUUUUUAAAAGGACAAUUUUUUUUGAAACAAAAUUUUGAUUUUUAUUCAAAAACUUUUUGGCUACCGGAUUCUUUUGGCUACUCCUCUCAAUUACCCCAACUUUGCCAACUCUCUAAAAUAUCAAGAUUUUUGACUCAAAAACUAUCCUGGAAUAAUAUUAAUACUUUUCCUUUAACAACUUUCAACUGGGUCGCUUUGGAUGGCUCUCAAAUUUUAGCACACAUGCCUCCUAAUAACACAUACACUUCAGCUGCUAAUUUUGGCGAUAUUAAAAGAUCUCUUCACCAACACAAAAACUUGGCUUACUCCGUCAAGUCGAUGCAUUUGGCUGGCCAUGGUGAUGGUGGUGGAGGCUGUACUCCCGAAAUGUUAGAAAGAAUCCGUCGUUGCAGAGGAAUAGCCAACACUUCUGGUGAGUUGCCUUAUGUUCAUUCUGGUAUAUCAAUUGAUAAAUUUUAUGAUUUAAUAUUAGACGAAACAAAAAACGGAAAGGAAUUGCCUUCUUGGGUUGGUGAGUUAUAUUUUGAGUUUCAUAGAGGUACUUACACAACUCAGUCUGAUGUUAAAAAUUUUAUGCGAUGGGUGGAAACAAAUUUGCACUCUUUAGAGUAUUUGUCAACAUUAGCAAGCUUAUUUUCUAAAUCAUAUAUUUUUCCAGCAAAACAGAUCUCGGAUUUGUGGGAAAACGUUUUGUUAUGUCAAUUUCAUGAUGUUUUGCCUGGCACUUGUAUCGAACUUGUUUAUUCAGAUGAGGUCAAACCAAUGCUUAGUAAAUGCAUAAGAAAAACUGAAAAAUUGAUUUUCACUGCUUUAACUUCGUUAGGUAUUAAACAAUUUCCAACAAAAAAAACUUUUGAGAAUGACAAUCAUUUAAACUAUGAGAUUUCUAUAAUUUAUGAAAAAUUGGUAAAUCGAGCUUUUUGGUUAAUAAAUACUUAUCCUUGGAAUGUUUCAGAAAUCGUCAAGAUACCAAAAUUAUCAAAACUAUUUUUGAACGAAAACCAAAAAACAUUAAAAGAGAAACCUAACUUUUAUUCCAAAUUAUCGUUUAUUCAAGAAGGAAGAUAUGAAAACGAUUACGUUUUAUUUCAAUCGUUACCAGAUAAUCAUUCAAUAUUAGCGCCAUUGACAGAAAAAAUCAAUGCGGAAGUUAAAUUGUUUGAUUUGGAUGAUUAUUUUGUUUUAGAUAACUCAUUGCUAAAAAUUGAGAUUUCAAAAAGUACAGGAGUAAUUACAAGCAUUAUUGAUAAAACUUAUAAUGACAAAGAAUUUCUUGAUAUUAAAACUGGUAAAAAUAAAACAGGAGCAAACCAAUUUGUAAUUUUACAAGAUACUCCGUUAUCAUGGCAAGCAUGGGAUACCGAAUUAUUUUCAUUGGAAAAAAUUGUUAACUUAAAUGCGAAUAAAGUCGAAAUUUAUGAACAAGGACCAUUGAUCACAACGAUUAGGGUGUCGAUUGUAAUUAAUGAAAAAACAAAUUCAUGGUUAAAUUCAUACAUUUCCUUAAAUGCAAAUUCGAAAUUGAUUAAUAUUGAGAACGAGUGUGAUUGGCAUGAGAAUUGUAGGUUUUUGAAAGUUGAGUUUCCUGUGGAUAUACACAAUUCUUACUGCUCUUAUGAAACUCAAUUUGGCAUUACAACAAGACCAACGAAUUAUAACACAUCUUAUGAAGUUGCUAAAUUUGAAACUUGCUGUCAUAAAUUUGUGGAUUACAGUGAUUUUACUGGAGGGGUUUCUAUUUUUAAUAAUAACAAGUAUGGAUUUUCUACACAUGGAAAUUUAAUGAGACUAUCAUUAUUAAGGUCACCUAAAAGCCCCGAUGAGCAUGCUGAUAUGGGAAAACAUUUUUUCAAGUAUGGAAUUUUUCCUCACAAAGGUGGAAUUAAUGGCGAGGUUGUUAGAAAUAGUUUUAACUUUAACACUAGAUUUUGGAAAAGUGACGAUAAUGAAGAUUAUUACAAAAUCUGCAAGUUUACCAAUCGCAUUAGUAAUGAAGAAGACUAUAGAAUUGAACAAACAGGAUUUGGUAGUUGUGUUUUACUUGAAAAUAUCCACGAAUUCAAUAAAGAGUUUUUUAAUUUUAUUAGUUUAGAAAAUGAUGAAGGUAAUUUGAUUUUAAGCAAUAUUAAAAGAGCUGAAUUGGAUUCAGAUGUGUUUGUUGAUUAUAAUUCCGAGGCACUGUAUUCAGAAAAAACGAUGAAACCAUAUCAGGCAAACCAUCAGCAAAGCAAGUUUUUGUCAUUUUCUAAUUUAAUUAGUAAAAACAACAAUGUACAAGAAAACACAAAAUCAGUUAUUAUUAGGGUAUAUGAUUCUUUGGGAGGUAAAAGUAAAGGUGUUAUUGUGGUAAAGAAAUUAUUACCAUUAUUAAGAGUUUAUAAAGUUAACAAUUUAGAGGAGGACGUUGAAGUAUUAGAAUUUAGUAGUUCAACCGAAAAUGAUGAAUAUACUAUUCAAAUUGAGUUACGGGCGUUUGAAAUUGCUGGGUAUAGAUUAGUUUUGGCUGUUUAGAAAUUUAAUCAAUU